AUGAUUUCAAAUAAUGUUGUUGAUGAAAAUGUUUUAAAUAAUAUAAUUAAUAAUAAAGAUAAUAGUAUUAAUAUUUAUAAUAAUAAUAAUAAUAUUAAUAAAUGUCAAUUACACCCAAAAUAUGAAAUUACAUUUUUAUGCUCAGAUUGUGAAUUAAUACCAUGUUGCAUUCAUUGUUUAACAAGUGAUAAACAUCAUAGAGGUCAUAAAGCAAACCUAUUGGAUGAAACCAAUGUUUUAUCAUUAAUUGAAAUUUUCAAAAAUAAAAUUCAUCCAACAAUUUCAGAAACAAUAAAAAAUGAUAAAAUUUUAUUAAAUCUAUCAAAUAAUAAAUAUAAUCAAAUUAAAAAUGAAUUUGAUAAUAAUAUUGAAUUAAUAACAAAUGAAUUUAAAAAAAUUCAUAAUUUAAUCAACAUCAUUGAAAAUGAUUUAAAAAAUCAAUUAAAAUCAACACUUGAAGAAAAUUCAAAUUUAAAUUCUUCAAUAACAACAUCAAUUAAUAAUUAUGAUCAAAUAUUAUCAAGUAUUAAAAAUUCAAUUUCAAUUAAUAAUUUAAAUGAAAUUAAAAAAUUAUCAAAUGAAAAUGAAAAAGAAAAAGAAAAUGAUAAUGAAAAAGAAAAUGAAAAUGAAAUUAAUAAAGAAAUUAAAAAUAUUAUUAAAAAAUAUCAAGAAUCAUUACUUAUAUUAAAAGAAAAAAAUAAUAAUACAAUUUCUGAUAAUUAUAAAAAUAAUAUUAUUACCAUUAAUAAUAAUGAACUUAAUAAUGUAAAAGAAUCAUUUAAAUCAUUUUUUUCUUUAAAAAAUAAAAAUGAAAUUGUUUCAAAUAAAAUUAAUCAAGAAGAUAAUAAUAAUAAUGAAAAUGUAAAUGAUAAAAAUAAUAUUCAAUUUGAUAAAGAUAAUUACAGAUAUGUAACUUAUAAUGGAUUAAAAUUUUAUGUCUACUCAGAAAGUUACCCAUUCCCAAUUGAAAAUGAAAACAUUUCAAAUAUUGCAUUUGGUAAAGAUUGUGGUAAUUUAUCAAAAUUUAAAUUUGGACCAAAUGUCAAUUCAAUUAUUUUAUUGAAUGGAUUUAAUCAAUUUAUUUCACCAGGAACAUUACCUGAAACCAUUAAAACAAUCCAUUGUUUUCAAUUAGAUAAACCAUUAAUUGAAGGAUCAAUUCCAAAAUCAGUAAAAUUUUUAACAAUUAAUGAUGGAUUCGAUCAAUUACUACCUGGUGUAAUUUCAAAUGAAGUUGUAGUAUUAUCAAUUCAUGAUAUUAAAAAAGAGUUAAUGUUUGGUUCAAUACCAAAUACAAUUAAGAAUAUUACAUUCGGUAGUAACUUUAAUCAAGUUUUAUUACCAGGUAUUGUACCAGAUGGUAUCCAAUGGUUAGAUAUUCAUGCUAUUAAAAAAGAUUUAUUGGAAGGUUCAAUUCCAAAUUCUGUAAAAUGUAUUUCAUUACAAAAUGGAUUUGAUCAAUGUUUAUUACCAUCAAUAAUUCCAGAUUCUGUUGAAGAAUUACAUUUAGGUUAUUUAAAACAACCUUUAUUAAAUGGUUCAAUUCCAAAGUCUGUAAAAAAGAUCAUUUUAUCAAAUGAUUUUAAUCAAUCUCUUGAUGUUUGCAAAUUAUUAGAUGAUGUAAAAGUUGUAAAAUUCUAA